CGGGGAAUCAUCAUCAGUGGACAUGUCGUCUACAGUUUGGGUCAAAUUGCAGCCAUCACAAAAGUUGGCGAACCAAGUCUCAAAGAUUCCUCGUCACCUCUCCACCCUGGUGCUCGAGCUUUUCGUCGCCGAAUUUUCGUGAGAAAUUAAUUGCGUAUGGCCUUUUGUUCUCCCAGCUCUUUAUCUUUUAAAACAGUUCGAGUUCGCUGCAAGGGGAAGUUAUGGCGUCACUUUUCUAGUCUCCACUUGUAAAUGGUCAGAUUCCGAAGAUAUGUUUCUGUCUCGGAGAUUGUUCCCUCUCUCCUUUCCAGGGGCCACCCUCCCCCUCCUCCUCCAUCAUCAUGAACUCGAGAUCCGCCACCGGUGAGAUAAGGAAAGGUGCCCUUUCCCAUCUCUCAGGUUUCACCUAUUUCUGGCCCCCCACAAUUCUUCUCAUCUUCCGACGCUUGUGUUGUCACUCGUCGUCGUCCUGCUGGUCCCAGCCCUCCUGCACACGGUGAAUCAUCAUCUCCCCUGCAUGAAGAUAUUUUUGCCUGUGCCGAUCCUCUCCACCUUUUCGUCAUCUUCACCUUAAGCCCCUCUCGUGCAUGACCCCCCUCCUCCCUCUCUCUCUCCUCCCUCUAGCCUCCAAAUCGAAUUUGUCAAGAACAACUUGUGAGGAGGAUUUCCCGUGUCCCUCCCAAAACCCUCAACCCUCAACCCCCAACACCACCACCAUCCCGCCUUGCGUGGCCAAGAUCGAAGUGUCUGUUGAAUUCCAGUUGGUGAUGCUCAACUGGAUGGAUGGAGAUAGGGGACCAGGUCAAGAAGAGGAAAAUGAUCCAGGUGGAAGUGAGACAUUUGUCCGGUGCUCUUGAAGCGCUUGUGUAUCAUUGACUGGGAAGCCAAUGCAUCGACGUUCCGGCUUCUGAUGUUGUCUCCGUCAACUUAACUUCAAGGCAUGGCGGAUAUAGUUCUUGAGGACGCCGCGUCAUGAUUCUUCUUCUCACAUUAGUGUGAAGAAGAAUCGCUUUUUGCUCCACCCAAUUAUCGAACGCUCGCAUGGAGGUCGCCUUCGAGUUUCAGUGGAUGGACAUCUACUCCUUCGUCGGAUGGAAAUUCGACACCUUCUCGCGAGUUUGAUUCAAUAUAUGGCAGCGCCGUUCUACGAGCAUUGGGGUUGCAACUUAUCAUCACCAAGAACGAGGUCUCGAAUACGGGCUAUGUUCCCGAGGAUGGACAUUUCGGAAAUGCGCCUAUCCAGUUCGAGUACACCUGCUUCUAUCAUUGCCAUGGAUAUUAUUCAAUAUUCUCCCGGGAUAAAAAAUGUUCAGCACUAAAGCUAAAUUGAGAAUGCAAACCUUCAUGUACAUAGAGAAGGCACUUUUGAACACUUCAGCUAAAUAUGUAGGCAUGACGUGCUCAUAACUUUCUUCAAAAGUCUCUGGAUGGGAGUUGGCGCCGUUGCUGUCAACGAGGGAGUUAUUCAUCCAACUUUUUCAGUAGUCCCACCUGUAACGCAAGAGGCAAUGACCGCGCACCAGAGCUCCGGCCCAUGUUCUCACAAGCUUUACAAGAUUUUCUUCUCAACUAGUUAAAAGAUUUUGAAGAUAUGCAGAAUUCUUAGCUUCAAAACUCUGUAAUUGAUAUCAGCUAGCGAUGACAGAAGUAUCAUGUAGAAUCUUACCCGUAUUUCACACCCUGUGAAUUCUCCCACCCACUACUGUGGAUGUAGCGAAAACCUAUCUGUAAUUACGC